ACGACGCUCGAGCGCUACGCGGCCGAGGUCCGGUCCGGCGAUUUGGCGUGGGGCCUCGUGCACACGGACAAGUUCUGGCGCGAGAACGCGCGGGCCGCCGAGGCCGACGACUUCGCGCUCAUCAAGCUCCUCGUCCAGCUCCUCGACGGCGACCGCGACCCGACGGUCGUGUCCAUCGCGUGCUACGACGUCGGCGAGUUCGUCCGCUUCUACCCGAACGGCAAGGCCGUCGUCAAGCACCUCGGCGCCAAGGACAAGAUCAUGGCGCUCAUCGACCACGAGGACCCGGAGAUCCAGCGCCACGCGCUCCAGUGCGUCUCCAAGAUCCUCGUCACGAACUGGGAG